AUGCAGUUCAAAGCUCUAGCCAUCAUUGCCUUCAUGGCCCUCACCGGCUCUGCCCAGAAGUGUGAAAAGGGCAACAACCACAACGCUGGAACGAGCUGCCACGGCGCGACCGGAAACCUAGCAUGCAGCCACAACUUGAAGCACGUACUUCGAUGCGGUGAGGAUGGCAACUGGGCUAGGACCGAGGACUGCGGUGGACUUUGCCUCAGUGGUUCGUGCCACUGUGGUUAA